CGCGGGUCUGGCUGGCGGCGCCGGACGACGAACUUCAAUUUCGGCGGCGGCGGCAGGGAGCGGGUCGGCGGCGGCGCGACGUGUAUGAUACAGAAAGUGUUGGAAGGACCUUUAUAUGAGAAACCAAACUAAGCUGGACAAGACGCAAUAAGCAGUAGAAAAGCAUAAUCUGUGAUCAUGACGACCGAAGUUGGCUCAGAAGCUGAAGUAAAGAAAGAGGCCGAGAAGCUGGAGCCAGACACCGCCAAGGAAAAGCCUGAGGAGGCCUUGGAGAGUCUAGAAAAUCAAAAAACCGAAGAAACAGAAGAGACACAAGAUUCUUCCUCUUCUCCAGUACCAACUAGCCAAAGCAGCCCAACUAGCCGGAAGGAGAGAGAUCCGUCUGAAGGCAAGGGUAUUUCUCGCUUCCUCCCCCCAUGGCUUAAGAAACAGAAAUCCUAUAGCUUGGUAGAGCCCAAAGAUGAAGCUAAGAAAAAGGCUGAGGGCGAUGAACAUGUUGAAGAACGUGAAUGUCAGCUUCCAGAAGAGGUGGCUGAGCUGAAGGGAGAAGCAGCAGCUGAGAACCAUCAGGCUAAGACAGACAACAAGGAGGAAGAAAAGCACUCUGUUAGUAGUGCUGAGACCCAGCCAGCUAAGGAAGACAGUAAAGAGAUUGAAGUAGAAAAGGUUACAGAAGAACCAGAAGAAAAGCUAGAAGAAGAAACAGGAAAAAGGGAGACCAAAGAGGUACAGACAGCUGAAAUCAAAAUGGAGAAAGCUCCUCAAAAAGCUCCUAAGAAGAUUAAAACUGUACAGUGUAAAGUAAUGCUCCUGGAUGGCACAGAAUACAGCUGUGACCUAGAGAAACGAGCUAAGGGGCAGGUGCUAUUUGACAGGGUGUGUGAACAUCUCAAUUUAUUGGAAAAGGACUAUUUUGGCCUGCUGUUUUAUGAGAACUCAGAUCAGAAGAACUGGUUAGACUCAUCAAAGGAAAUCAAGAGGCAAAUUCGAAAUUUGCCUUGGCUAUUCACGUUUCAUGUAAAGUUUUAUCCUCCUGACCCUUCUCAGUUGACAGAAGACAUUACCAGAUAUUUCUUGUGCUUACAGCUUCGUCAGGAUAUUGUUUCUGGCCGACUGCCAUGUUCGUUUGUGACUCAUGCCCUCCUUGGUUCAUAUACCCUGCAGGCCGAGCUAGGUGAUUAUGAUCCAGAGGAGCAUAACAGUGAUUACAUCAGUGAAUUUCAGUUUGCCCCCAAUCAAACCAAAGAGAUGGAGGACAAAGUAGUUGAACUGCACAAGACACAUAGGGGCUUGACUCCAGCACAAGCAGAUUCUCAGUUCCUAGAAAAUGCCAAGAGACUUUCUAUGUAUGGAGUGGAUUUACAUCAUGCCAAGGAUUCUGAAGGUGUGGAUAUCAUGCUGGGGGUAUGUGCUAAUGGUCUACUCAUUUACAAGGACAGACUUAGAAUCAAUCGCUUUGCUUGGCCCAAAAUUUUGAAAAUCUCCUAUAAACGCAGCAACUUCUAUAUCAAAGUCAGGCCAGCUGAGUUGGAACAAUUUGAGAGCACUAUUGGGUUCAAACUGCCAAACCAUCGGGCUGCUAAAAGGUUAUGGAAGGUUUGUGUGGAGCACCAUACUUUCUUCAGACUGAUAUCACCAGAACAGCCUGCGAAGGCAAAGUUCCUGACCUUGGGUUCCAAGUUCCGUUACAGCGGUCGCACACAAGCACAGACACGGCAAGCUAGCAACCUUAUAGAUAGACCAGCCCCAUAUUUUGAGCGUACCUCAAGCAAACGUAUCUCCAGGAGUCUUGAUGGGGCUCCCGUAGGUAUUACAGACCAAGGUCUGCUAAGGGACUUCUCUGCUACCGCAGCAGGUGAUGAAGCUGUUGUCCUAGCCAAAUUAAAAAACGGCGAAAGUAGAGAAGAUGAUGGAAGCCCAGUUAAAUCCCCACCAUUGGAACUGACCCAGGAUGGAAAGAACAAUUCCUUGAAAGUAGACGGGGAAAAUAUUUAUGUCAGACAUAGCAAUUUAAUGUUGGAGGACCUGGAUAAGACCCAGGACGACUUACUGAAACAUCAGGCUAGCAUUAGUGAACUCAAGCGCAAUUUCAUGGAAUCCACACCUGAGCCACGCCCCAGUGAAUGGGAAAAGCGGCGUAUCACACCUCUGUCUCUACAGACACAAGGGCAAAAAGGAGACCACAUUUUCCAAGGGGAAAUACUGCCUAUAAAGGAGAAGCAAUGGACUGCAGCAACAGGGAUUACUGAAGCAAAACCAGAGGAAACAGACAAGAGCCUAGAAGAAGAAAUAACAUCAAUUUUAUUUAGUAAAGAGGGCUUUUCCACUAGCAUGAAAUCUACCUUCUCUUCAGCCACGAUACGGACACCAGAGGGCACUGUUGUGAAAGAUAAUGUACCUUCUGAAAUGCUUUCUGCCUCACCCUUCUCACAGCUGCCUGAGAAAGUUGGUCCCAGAGCAGAAGGGCCUUGCAGUGGAGCCAGAGAUGCUGAUAAGAGUUCACAUGAGACUCUGAGCGUAGUGGAGGAGAAGAAACGGGCAGAGGUUGGGAUAGAAGAGACAGUAGUCAUAAAUGAAAUCAACGGAGGGAAAAUACAAGUUGCCAUUGAUGGUGGGGAGCCCUGUAAGUUGGAACAUCUGUCAAAAAAGGACUCCUCAUCAACGUCAUCGGAGAGCAGCAGCAGUAGUGAGAGUGAAGAUGAAGAGGUAGGAGAAUACCAGCCACACCAUCGAGUCACAGAAGAUGUCAUCAAGGAAGAAAAAGAAGAAAAUGAAGAUGCUAAGGAAGUGGAAGGGUGUACGGCAAAGGUGGUACAAUGUGUGGAAUCUGUAAUAGAGGGCAGUAAAGAAAAAAUCUCAAUUGAACAUGCACAAGUUGCAGAAGAGAGUUUGGUUGAGGGAAAUGCAGUUUCUGGAACUCCAGAAGAGAAGAGUUUUAUAGAAGAGGCAAAACAAGACCUGAGAGAAGAGAGGGAGGAAGAACAGCUCAAAAUAAAUGGAGAUCUCUCUCACAUUGGCAUUGAUGUCAAGCCACAAAUAAUUUGUUGUUCUGAGCCUCCAGUAGUAAAAACAGAGAUGGUGACCAUUUCAGAUGCUACACAGAGAACAGAAAUCUCCACCAAGGAAGUUCCAAUUGUCCAAACAGAGACUAAAACCAUCACGUAUGAGUCUCCACAGCUUGAUGGCAGUGCAGGUGGGGAUGCUGGUGUACUGUUGAGUGCGCAGACUAUUACAUCAGAAUCUGUUUCUACAACUACAACUACACACAUCACUAAGACAGUGAAAGGUGGGGUAUCAGAAACAAGGAUUGAGAAGCGCAUUGUCAUUACUGGAGAUGCAGAUAUUGACCAUGACCAGGCAUUGGCACAGGCAAUCAAAGAAGCCAAAGAGCAGCACCCUGAUAUGUCUGUCACAAGGGUAGUGGUACAUAAAGAAACUGAACUUGCUGAGGAAGAUGAAGGAUAAGUUCAAGAAAUUAAAGAGAAGCCGCUCAUGUUGUGACUAUGAAGAACCUUGUGACCAUUCCAAAUUGGUAACACUACCACUACACCACUGAAAUUUUCAGGUCAAGCAACAAUGACCAGACACUCAAGGUUGAAAUGCCAACACCAAACUCUUUCUUAACACCCCAGGUCUAAAAUUGUUUCUCUACAGUCUUAAUUGUAUCUUUCUAUAACCACUUCUUAACAUUCUUAGCUUUUUUAUGAGGUUUUUAGAGGGGGUGUUUUUUUGGUUUUUUGCACAGCUAUUUGCCAUUUUUAUAGCUGUUUCUGGAUCAUAUGAAAGUGAACAAAAUGUAUUCUGGUAAACACUGUUCACUGGAACAGAAAUGCUUGUGCAGAAUGGAGAAUUUUUGGCUAAUUUAGAUAUAGUUUUUUUUCCAAAUAUUUCAACUGAAGUCUUACUGGAGAAACUUACAGAUUUUUUUUUCAGAGUAUUCAGGUAAAUAUACUUUAUCAAAUAACAAAAAAAAAAAAGACUUUUAUAAAAACAAAGCAUUUCUUAUGAUUUGAAAAAAAAUAGAUUUUUUUUGACUGGAUUGAUUUAUACUGAUACCUUAUAACUCUUUCUUUUCUGAAGCUCUCCCCCUCUCCAUGAUACACAAGUGGUGGUAGUCUGUAGGAGAGAGAGAGUUAUAAUGAAGUUUCUACCGACUGGGCACUGUGUUUAAAAACUUUUGGACUUCGGUGCCAAUGCUCAGCACUUUGGCUGACACCUUGUCAUCUGCAACAUUCCAGAUAAGGAAGGAAGAAAGGGCAAAAAAAAGUCUUUUCUCCCCUUCCAGUAAAACAUUAUCUAGGCAGCUUAAAACCUUAGUGCUUUUUUCUUAACGUGUCCAACAUUCAGCACUUCCAUUAUUUGAAUACAUGUGUAGAAUGCUUGCUUUCUGUUAAAUCACAUUGUCUACAUGUUGGAACUGACAUUUCUUUUGAACAGGUAUAUCUGUUUGUCUACUGAGUAAUGCAGGCUUUUAGGAUACAGCAGAAAAAGUGUGGGUGAUAUGGGCCUGUUCUUAUGUAGUUCAAAAGUAACACCAUUUGGGCUAGGGACAGAAAUUAUGCAUACAUCCAAUAUAAGCGACUGGAAACAUGUUCAAAUCUGUAACACAACAAAAGUUCUGUGCACAUAAUCAGAAUGGCCAAAACCAGCUUAAGAUAAACCUGGAUAGAUGUCGUAUUCAGACUUAACUGUUCAGGUUAAAUUGGUUUAUUGAACUUUUGUCCCAUAUCUCCUCCAGAUUCAAGUUAACUCACAGUCCCCCAGCAUCCCAGGAUGGUUUGCACCCCUUUGCAAACUCCCCUCUUGCUUGAUGGGCAGGCUAGCCUUGGCCUAAGCUGUCUGCUUCAGCAAAGAGGCAUGCUCUAGUGCCUCCCAGCUUCUGGCCUGGACCACUGCAGAUGUGGCUGCAUUUCUGGAAUCAAAAGUGAAUGUCUGUUCACUUGCUUAUGAAUUCAAUCUGUGCAGCAUAGACUAGCCUGUGAAGAUUGAAUCAAUUCAGCCUUGGGCUUUUUGACUGUCUGUACUUAGCCCAGAUGAUACUGCCACUGGGGAAUACCUGCUGUUCAGUUUGUUUGUUUGUUUGUUUGUUUUUUGGGGGGGAGGGGUUUGCUGAUUACUCUGUGUAUAGUUAAGAUGCCAAAUUAGAUUUAUAGCUGCUUGAAGUUGUAUUAAGUGAUAUUUGCUUUCUGUAAUACUGUUAUAAAAUAAAGUUUGUUUAUUCUCUA